AUGACUCGAAUUUCAGAAAUUGUCCUUUUGGGUUUUGGUAAUCUCCAUGGCCUUCAGUUUCUUCUUUUUGGAAUAUUUCUGGUCAUUUAUGUGAUGACUCUCAUGGGUAACAUUGUAAUCCUCACCGUGAUAUCAGCUGACUGCUCCCUUCACACACCGAUGUAUUUCUUUCUUGGUCACUUCUCUUUCCUAGAGAUUAGCUACACCACAACCAUUGAGCCUAUAAUGCUAAGGACCCUGUUAUCAGCUCAUGUGCCUAUUUCCUUCCUAGCCUGUGCGUGUCAAUUUUAUUUCUUUGCUUCCCUGGUGGCUACAGAAUGCUUCUUCCUUACUGUAAUGUCUUAUGAUCGCUACAUAGCCAUCUGUAAUCCACUACACUACUCCAACAUCAUGGACUUCUGGGGCUGCUUCCAGCUAGCAGUUGCCUCCUGGUUGGCUGGAUUUCUGGCACCCAUCCUGCUCAUGAUCCUCAUUUUUCGUUUAACAUUCUGUUCUGCCAAUGAGAUUGACCACUUCUUUUGUGAUCUCAAGCCCAUCAUGAAACUGGCCUGUACAAAUACUGAAACAGCUGAAAUGACUUCUUUUAUAUGCACCUCUUUAUUUGCUCUUGGUCCCUUCUUACUGACCCUGGCUUCCUAUAUUCAUAUAAUUUGCACCAUUCUGAGGAUUCCUUCUGCCACAGGGAUGCAGCGAGCUUUCUCCACCUGUUCUUCCCACCUGACAGUGGUCAGUCUCUAUUAUGGAACACUGGGCAUUGUCUAUGGCUUCCCAUCAGUGCCCCAGUAUGAAGGUGUAUUGAAGUCGCUCUCCCUUCUAUAUACAGUGUUUACCCCUGCCCUCAAUCCUAUUAUUUACACCCUAAGGAACAAGGAUGUGAAGGUAGCUCUGAGAAAAUUGAUACAGUGA